AUGAGGCUGGAUUUCGCUCGUGUAUGCGUCAUGCUUGACAUCAGUUCAAAUUUACCGAAGCAUAUUGUUAUUCUGACCCCAGAUGACGAUGGAGGAGAAUCACCAUGCAAAGUGGAUGUUGAAUACGAAUGGGUGCCCCCGAAGUGCACAAGGUGUAUGAGCCUGGGACACUCUGCAAAGAAUUGUGUGUUGAGUAAACCGACAAAACCUACUAAACCACCGGUGUCCGUUUAUGUGCCAAGGAUAACGGCAAGAGGGCCGCCUAAGAUGGUGAAAGAGAAGGAAGGUGGCACUCAAUCAGUAGCGGACAUUGGAGAACCUACGAUUAAACAAAAGCCACGAGAAGAAGAGGUUAGAUCGCAAUCUCCAUGCUCCGAGGAACCCGAAGCACCAAGAAGGGACGAACAACGAAAGGAUAAGGCUGUUUGGAACGUGCGUGGCCUAAAUAAGAGGGACCACCAGCUAGCAGUGAAAGAUCUUGUUACUGACUUCAGGUUACAUUUUCUCGGUCUUCUUGAAACUCGUGUUAGAUUGGAUAAUACUUCUCAAAUUCAAUCAUUUCUAUUACCGCAUUGGAAAUGGUUUGUGGAUUAUGUAACAACUGGCAAACGUAUUUGGAUCGCUUGGGAUGAGAACUUUGUUCAUGUUGAUGUCAUUGAAUUGGGUGCACAACUUAUUCACUGUAAUGUUACUAUUCGAGCACUUCAUGAGUCUGUUGCCAUGACUGUUAUUUAUGGGGCCAAUGAGGUAGCUGACAGACGUGAUCUGUGGACCACUCUGGGGACAUUGGCCAUCCAGUGUGUCGAUACUCCGUGGCUAAUUGGGGGUGAUUUUAAUUCGGUUCGAGACCUCAGUGAGGUCUGUUCAGGAGACAUUCGAGUGGCAAUGGAAGAAUUUAAUUCAUGUAUCCAAGGGGCAGGACUUCUUCCGUUGCCCAUGCAGGGAGAAUAG